AUGGCGAAGAGUGAUACAUUGCGUACACUUCUGCCUGCAAAAGCUGAACACACCGUUCGGCAUUCAGGAGCAGACUCGGCCAAGGAGAGGAGACGCAACGUUUCCAUCGCGUGUACAGAGUGUCGAAGAAAGAGAACAAAGGUCAGACAACCGAAUCCCUACCCCCGUAUUCGACGGCAGUGCUCCGGAACGACACCAUGCACAAGCUGCAAAAACAAACAACGCCAGUGUCUAUACGAUCCAACGAAGCACCAACGCAAUGCACAUCCUGCACUUUGCAGAGUGGUUACCAAGCUCCGCUCUGGAACCUCCAAGGAGAUCUUACAGUUUGUCCUCCGGAUACGAAGCUUGAAAACAGACGGAGAUGCAGUCAGUCGGCUGUUAGAUGACUCGAUCCCGGAAGAGUUACCGAACGGCCAUGAUCGGAAGGAGUGUAAUUAA